UUUAACCUGGACCGUGACGAUCGCCUUGUGUUAUAUUUUUCAAAAAGUUUUUCAUUCGAGAUUCGCAUCCAGCAUCGGCGAACUCAACUAUGAAGGCGCUUGUGCUCGUUGGAAUGCUUGCACAGAUAGUGGUGGCGCGUUAUUCUUUAAAGCCAUGCUCUCAUAACGAAGUGUGCAUACAGUUAAGAAAAUGUUCGAACUAUAAGCAUUAUGCCAAUCAGCCCAGUAGAAAUUGGUUGAAUAAGGUUCGAAUAUGCAAUUGGGAAAACACUGAUAAGAAUGAAAUUGUUAGCAUAUGCUGUCCUACGGCAAUGAAUCAGAAAAAAUGUGGAGUCCACUUACAAACCGAUAGAAUAGCCAACGGGAAAGAGGCAGUUCCCUUUCAAUUUCCAUGGAUGGCACUGCUGGAGGAUCACAAAGGGAAUUUUCUUUGCGGUGGAACUCUCAUAAGCGAUAGAUACGUGCUCACUGCAGCCCACUGUGUCAGAAAUGUGAAAAUAACAUCCGUGAGACUUGGCGAAAACAACAUUUACCAGAAAAAGGAUUGUAUUACGACUGGUGCUUAUAAGGAGUGUGCUGAUCCACCACAGGAUAUCACAGUUAUGGAUGUCAUACUUCACCCCAAAUACAGUAAUCGCUUUAAAGUUAAUGAUAUAGCGCUGUUACGAUUGAAAAGGAAUGCUGUUCUGAGCGCAAGUGUUCGGCCAGUUUGCAUUCCCGGUCGGAGCAAAGCGGAGCUAUCCAUCAAUCCAUCUCGGCUGUAUAUAGCAGGUUGGGGGCUAACAAAAGACAGUAAAUCUUUCGAUGUUCUACGAUACGCUCCAGUGCUUCCGAUGUCGCACAAAGAGUGUGGUCCAAAAGUGCGCCAACUCAACAAUGCCGUCAAGCUGAAAGAAAGUCAUGUUUGUGCGAGGGGCGCUAACCAGGAGGACACCUGUCCAGGUGACUCGGGUGGCCCGGCGCUGUAUAUUUCCAAUCGAACGGCCCAAUUUGUUCAGUAUGGUGUGGUGUCAUUCGGCGCAAGGUCUUGCGGUCAGCCGGGCGUACCAGGAGUAUAUACGAGGGUAGAUCAGUUUGUCGAUUGGAUUCAUGAACAGAUUGAUAGAUGAUGGCAGAAUUAUGAUUGAAGGGAGUGACAAAAUACUAGCAUCUUUAUUCAUUUAAAUUUAAAUUUGCGCAUAACAUUAUUUCAUUAUUUCAUUAUUUAUUAAUUUAUUAUUUAUUGACUAUUUCGUUCUUCGGUCAUUGAAUUUAAUUGGUAAUAGGUAACAGGAAAUCAAUGGUAUGGUAGCUAGUGAUGUUAAACUUAUCGCAAUAAUCAUUGAAGACGUGAUUA